UUUGAAAAUGAGAGAGAUGCCUGCUGUUAUUAGGCAAGACAAAUGCAGUUAUUUAUGGGACUGUCGCUGGUACCUGUACGCAACAUGUUCGAAGGUUUGAUUGCUUUUGGAAUAAAUUCACCGGUUAACUGUUUGUGGAAUGUGUAUUAAUGACGGCCACAUUGGCACAUAACUCGGAAGCACUGUUCUAAGUUCUCUGAAGUCACGUUUUCGAGGAUUUUUCGGUGCAUUUUACGCUUGGCGCUUUUUUGGCAAGCAUAUCAAAGACUUCUAAUAAUAUUAAUAAUAAUAAUAAGCGCGCCACCUGUGUUCGGUCAAACUUCUACUCCAAAAAAUGCGUGCGCCUUGAAUUUGUUCUACAAAUGGAGGCACAUGUAAGUAUUUCUAUAAAGACUCCGAACGGCAGAUGGUUUUUAGGAGAGCAUUUUUUAUGGCAGAAAUGCACCGGUGGGAGUCUGUCAUUACCGUGGCUUUGAAACUGAAACUGCCGAAAGGUAAUCACGCAUAAAGCCAUUUGUCUACGAUACAUGCGGUCAAAUAAUGUAUUCCAGAAACCAGUCAGGAGAUCGGGAGAAUUUACUCAUGCAUAGGAACUUAUAGCUAGUCACAGGCUAAUAGCCUACGGAAGUCAAGUCCUGUCGAGGCUCUAUGCUCAGAAAGGAGUGAACAAGAAAAAAAUAAAAGCAACUUAUGUUGAGUGCAUCAGCUGACUACUCUAUCAUAGAGAAUUAAUUUACUAGGAGCGCUGCUAUUCGGCAUUAUUUACAAUAAGCUGUACUGUAUGCCAUAGAUGACCUGUAUGCUCGUUGACUUCUUAAUAGCAUACUCCGGACGCGUUUUGAAGUUCAAAUGACUGUCAAUCAAUACUCCAGGGUAUUUCAUAGCUAGCUCGUAUGUAAUAAUUUGAGCUCCUACUUUGCUUCUUAUGAGUUUUGCCGUCUUUCCGCUGCUAAUAAGAACUACAUGAGACUGCAAUAUCCUCCGUGAGCUCCAUUAUUUUACUCCGUGGAGGCAUUUCUAACCUGAGCACGUCGUACAUAAAACAUUCGUAUGAAUGAUGGAUGUUGACUAUUGGACUGUAGCAGUCAUCGAGCAUCGAACAGUGCAAUCGAACUCCGCAACGGAACAUCGAACAAACCAUCGAGCCACUCUGUGUGAUUUUGCCAGCGCGAGCAUCGUUUGCGUGUUGUGUGGCGUGCGAGCAUUUUUCUCCAAUAGUGUCGUGCCGGUUUUCGUACCGUUUAGAUGUGUUUAAAUUUAACUUCAUCGGCGUAGUUCGAACGCAUCGUUUAAGUAUUUUCGUAUAAAAAUUUUAUUCAACAGCCACAAAGUGUCUAAUGCCGAAACGUAUAUUUUGCGAGUAGCACGCAGUCAAUUGGUAGAAAUUGGAAAAUACACAAAUUAAUGUGUAUGGAAAAUAUUGAAAAAUAAUAAUUAAUAGCUCAAGUACGAGUAAAUGUAAAUAGUUGAAUGGAAAAUCCGGUGCCCGUGGAAAAGUAAUUGAUUUGCAGUACGACGCGGAAUCAAUCAAACAAAAUAAAUACGCGUACAUCAAAUUUCGUGCCUCUUAAAGGAGAAAUAAUUUAGCAGCGAAGACGCAAAGCAGCUGCUAAAAAUAGCAAAGAAAUAAGUGAAACAAAAUAGAAACCGGAAAAAGGAGUUUAAAAAGCCUAACUAAAAACAAAAACAAGCAACACGUUGCAAACGAGCUGUGGGCAUUGAACGAGCGAGCAGCACUAAAGGAGAAAAAAUUGAUAAAUUGCAGCUCAAGAGUUGCUCAUCGCAAGUUUGGCUAAAGCCACGAGCAUUAAAUAAUUCUCGAAAAAAAAGAAAUCGUUUUCCUGCUCAGAUUGACCGAUGCCCUCUGAUUGAGCAUCGAAAGAGCCGUGCUAGCUUCCAUCAACUUUCCCUGAACAUAGAGAAGAAUUUUCUAUCAAUGUCUAGGAAUUCACGCUGACUGACGACGAGCGUUUUAGGUUUUGCGAAUCCACGCCGCAUACUAAAUUACGUAUUGCCUAUGUGUGAGAAAUUCUUUGAACUUUAAUCCGUUGGCGAGCAGAAGAUUAAUAUUCUAUGAAAUGCCAUUAAAACGCUGCUUCUUUAAAGGUUAUUUUAAGUUUUAAUGGUCUUUUCGUGCGAGCAAAGCGACUCAUCAAGUACAACAACAACAGCUACACGGCGAAAGACGUCUACCAGCAAUACGCCGUGAUAAGUGAAAAGAUAUACUUUACAGCAACAAGAGGAACAACAACAACAGCUACUACUUACAACAACACCAUCAACAAUCAUCACUUUUCAGCAAACGCUGAAAUACACAACACAAUAACAAAAACAAAACAAAAUGGCCAGUUCAAAGAUUAUCUUGAAAGUUCUACUCUCGCUGUGCGUUUGGUCCUUUGUCAUAAUUGGCCUCUUCAAAAUGCACGGCACCAAUCUUGUCUCACAGGAGUACAGCGCAGUGCCGUUGAGUGGCCGUAUUUUGCUGCAGAAGGAUAUACUGCGUUAUGCGGAAACCACGUCGACCACAACGGAUCGAUUUGAUCCAUCGGAGAUAUUGGUAGAUAAUCGCACAGCCAUGGAUGAUGAUCAGCUGGUGCGCGAUGUAGAAUCGCGCAUCCCAUCGCUCCCCAUCGCCUACUGGAGCAAGAACAAAAACUUCCGCCAACAGAAAUCCAACACUUGUGCCAAGUAUCCUUCCAUCUUCGAGCUGGAGUUCAACAACAUUUACUGGCAGACGAUGCGCACUACGAAUGGUACCUUUCAAUUAUUUGGCGCCUACUAUGAUAUACGUAAGACCUCACGCAUUGGUCCGACUGUGCGCAUACUCGGCAUGAUCGAUCGCAUACAGCCGACAGUGAAGACGUACUGUCAAUUCUGGUUUGACGGCCAGAAGGAGCCAUUCAUUGUGAAGACCUUUGAGUAUAAGUACAUCUGGUACAAUAAGUGGGGCAACUAUAAGCAGGGUAUCUAUCAGCCGUAUUUGAUAGCUUGUCAAAUACCAAAACCCUUCCACGGUGUGGUGCCCAGCUCGGUGUCGAUGGUUGAGAAGGAAUGCGAUACAGCAACCAACAACUUGCGCGUCAUCUACAACCGGCCGCAGGAUGAUCAGAAGAAGGGUUUCGCGGUUUGCGUUAAAGGUUUAGACUUCCUCUACGAUGAUCUCUCUGUACGUCUGAUCGAAUGGAUUGAGAUGUUGAAUAUUUUGGGCGCAGACAAGAUCUACUUCUACAAUCUACAAGUACAUCCGAACAUCACAAAAGUACUCAGUCACUAUGAGCAAGAGGGCAAAGUACAGGUCAUACCGCUAACACUGCCGGGUGGACAACCGAAUGUGCCCGGCUUUCAGCACCUCUACCUAACGAAAAAGACGAAUCACAAGCGUCAGAACGAGGUGAUACCCUACAAUGAUUGUCUCUAUAAGAAUAUCUACCUGUACAAGUACAUUGCGCUACUGGACAUCGACGAGGUGAUUAUGCCGAAGGGCAAUUUUGUGCUCUGGUCCGAGCUAAUGGAGAAAGUGGUGCCCGAAUCGUUGAAAAUCAAACCCGAAGGCUAUAACAGCUACAAUUUCCGCAAUGUCUACUUUCUGGAUGACCAACAACACGAGCACGGCUGGCACAAAGACAUACCAAAGUACAUGCAUAUGCUGCAGCACGUGCACCGUGCCAAGAACUACACGAAGCCCAAUCAGUAUGUGAAAUGCUUCCAUGAUCCAGAGCGCGUGCUCACGCUACACAAUCACUUUCCGCUCGCAUGUCUUGGCGGUGUCUGCAAAUCCUAUCCUGUGAACACGACCGAUGCGCAAUUGCAACACUAUCGCGCCGACUGUGUGAAUACGUUAAAGAAGAGUUGUGAGGAGUACCGCGAGAACUCGGUGGAAGACAAAACGAUCUGGAAGUACAAAGAUGAGCUGAUACGCCGCACCUUCCGCACGCUAGAUACGUUGGGCUUCUUUAAGCGGCCGCUCGGCUAUAGCGGCAGCAAUGGUGGCAUUGGCUCGACGACACACGCAAGUGAGCGGUGAUUUUUGGGCAGUUGGUGGGCGGGUGGCAGCAACAGCUGGAUGGGCGGUAGUGGUAGUGGCGCGGACAAUGGGGCAGAUUACUACGAACGUGAGCGCUGGCGUGAGGCUGUGGUGGGUAGUAACGAAUUUUUUUGAUAAUUCCGAGCGGAAUUUUAAAGCGAACGAAAGUAACGGCGAGUAGAUGAGUGGCAUGAUUUACGACGCAGUUUAAAUUCCUUUAACUUUUCUUGUAUACUCCUGAGUAAGCCUGCAAAAGCUUUUAAAGCAAAAGCGUCUCGAGAAGGCCUCUUCAUUUUUCAAGCGUCAUAUAGCUUUGGCUUAUGGGCUUGCAACCCUGAUAAGGCAACUAUUUUACUGUAUCUAAUUAAAACAACAACAACAACAACAAAAAUGUCGAUUAC